CCGCGGGAGGAAGCGCAGCCCGGUCCCUCGGGUCGGGUCCGGCUGGGCCAUGGAGCCGUUGCCUGAGCCCUCACCCCGGCCCGGCCCCCGCUGUCUUCUGCUUCUCCCGCUGCUCCUGCUGCUGCCCGGCCCGCAGCUGGGCCCCAGCCGUGCCCACGCCGAGGAGACCGACUGGGUCCGACUGCCCAGCAAAUGCGAAGUGUGUAAAUAUGUCGCCGUGGAGCUGAAGUCAGCCUUUGAGGAAACUGGCAAGACCAAGGAGGUGAUUGACACAGGCUAUGGCAUCCUGGACCGGAAGGCCUCCGGAGUCAAAUACACCAAGUCCAUUUCAGAGCCCCCAGACCAGAUGACCUAUCUUCCUUCCAGCUCUGACUUCCCGUUGGGGGGGACUCAGCCCCUCUUGCACUAUUGUCUCGGCAGGGACUUACGGUUAAUUGAAGUCACUGAGACCAUUUGCAAGAGGCUUCUGGACUACAGUCUGCACAAGGAGAGGACUGGCAGCAACCGGUUUGCCAAGGGCAUGUCAGAGACCUUUGAGACCCUACACAACCUGGUACACAAAGGGGUCAAGGUGGUGAUGGAUAUCCCCUAUGAGCUGUGGAAUGAGACCUCUGCAGAGGUGGCUGACCUCAAGAAGCAGUGCGAUGUGCUGGUGGAGGAGUUUGAGGAGGUGAUCGAGGACUGGUACAGAAACCACCAGGAGGAGGACCUGACGCAGUUCCUCUGCGCCAACCACGUGCUGAAGGGGAAGGACACCAGUUGCCUGGCAGAGCAGUGGUCUGGCAAAAAGGGAGACACAGCAGCCCUGGGAGGGAAGAAGUCGAAGAAGAAGAGCAGCAGGGCCAAGGCAUUGGGUGGCAGCGGCAGCAAACAGAGGAAGGAGCUGACUGGCCUCGAAGGAGACCCCAGCCCUGAAGAAGAUGAAGGCAUCCAAAAGGCAUCCCCCCUCACGCACAGUCCCCCCGAUGAGCUUUGAGCCUAACCCAGCAUCCCCGGUAGUGAGACCCUGACCUGGAAGCUGAAGAGUCUGGAGCGUGGCUCCUGCGGGCAAAGACAGCUUUCUGGCUUCCAGUCUCCCCGUCCGGGCAGUGCCCUCUUCGACCGGGAAAGAUGCAACCUGGGGCAGGACUCAGAUCAGCUGUGGUCAGCCGUGCUGGCCUCUUCCCUCUGCCCAGCGUUACUCUCCUGACAGGCUGCAGGCCCACCGCGCGUGUCAGGACUGCCGACGACUAUGGUGUGACUCAGGAGGGGCAGGCUUCAAGCUGGGCCCCAGGACUGGAGCCCUCUGGAGCUCAUGGGCCACGCCUGGCCUUCACCUCCCCUCACUUCUCCCCAUACUGGGAAACAAGGCUGCAGGCCUCCAGUUCCUCCCACUUACCCCUCCUGUGGACACCUUGCUCUCUGCCCAGCCCUCACUAGGGCUCACAGAGUAAAAAUCUUUUGGCCUUUUUUGUUCCGAUUUCUAAGUCACCUUCAGUCCCAUGGGUCCCCUUCAGCCCCAUGGGGUCCUGGAACCCUUUUAUUGCUCUUCCCUGCCUCUCCCUUCAGCCUUGGGGACUAAGGGUGAGGAGACUGAACCAUUGAGGCUCAACCUGCCAACUGAGGGAAACCGCAAAUGCAGGGAGGGCCUACAUUUUGGGGUGAGGCCAGCACAGCACUCUGGCCUUGCCCCAGCUGCCCUUGGUCUCCCUGAGUGCCCCAAGCCAAGAGGCCUCACUGAGGUUCUCGACACCUGACUGCCCUUAUUCCCUCCCUCCUGCCUUUCCUCUCCCCCAAGGCCUUCCCAUCCAGUUGUGUAAAGUGUUUACCAGUGACUCCACUGCCCCCGCUGCACCCUGCCUUCCCACCUCCAUCUGGCCCUGGCUGUUGGUCUUGAACCUUGCUCCCUGAUGACCACACCUGGUCGCUGCUCUUCCAGCCUGGUAUGCCUGGCGCUGGGAGGGGAGGACAGCCCAGUCCCCAACAACAGCUGGUUACAUCGUGUUCUCUGGGAGCAGGAGAGGAACUGGAAGGCUGACCCCUGCAGAGAAGGGGUGGGAGGCUCAGGCCCCUCCCCAGUCUGUCCUGGGGGCAGGGAUCAGGGCAGCAGUAGUGAUGACAACUGCACAUGCCUUCACUUUAACCCCUAGAGCACACUGUGAGGUGGGUGCUGUUAACUUAUAGGCGAGGAAACUGACACUUAAGCUGAGGGAUAUGCAGGAAGACCUACUCUUAAGCAGCACAGCUGGCUCUCAGAUCUGGCUUUCAGACACCAUGUCCAUUACGCCCCCACCACCCCACAGCUGCCAAGGCCCCUCCCCCCAAUUCCUGGCACUGGCAGAGUGAUUCAGAUUGAACUGGUUUGUUUUCUUGGCCUUAACCCACCCCCACCAACAAGCCUCUUUUAAAAGGGAAAUAGGAAGCAGCUGUUGCUUCUUGGAAGGCAGGAAAGGUGGGGAGUCCCACUGGAGCUGCCCCCCUUCCGGGUCACCUGGGGCACCAGUG